AUGGAAAUGGGUUCUUCUUCUUCCCCUACAAACGCCGAAUUGACACCAAACUCCCACCUCUUUACCACCCCCCAACUUCCCAUCCCCACACCUGUCUCUUGUUCUUCCUCCAAACCAAAUACUUUUGUUGAAAUCUUGUCCGCCCUCCCUGAUUUCAGCACCAUUGUUCCUGUCAAUAAAGAAGAAACCCUGCUGUCCAAUUCUGUCGAUCUUCCCAGAGGCACUCCCCGGUGCAGCCAGCGCUCCUCCAAGUUGGUUCGUGUCGUUGAUCUGAAGCCUCAUGACCACUGCUACUACCGGGAACAAAUUCGACGUACCCGGAUGCUAUUUGAGAAUCUGCGUGUCUGCUCCAUUGCAGAAGAUGAGAAGAACCGUAACAUGCUGGGCCCUCACAAGAGUACGAGUUGGGAUGUGAAAGCAGCUACCAUUAUGAAGCAAAGUGGUUUGUGGUUGAAUUUCGACAAGCGAAUUGUAGGUAAUAUUCCUGGAGUUUAUAUCGGGGAUGUUUUUUUUUUAAGGACGGAAAUGUGCAUCAUUGGGUUGCAUGGGCAGCCGAAGGCUGGGAUCGAUUAUGUUCCUGCCCACCAGAGCUCGAACAGGGAACCCAUUGCCACCAGCAUUAUCGUUACUGAAGGUUAUGAGGAUGAUGACGAUGCUGGGGACGUGAUAAUUUACACAGGGAAUGGCGGGAAGGACAAGAAUAACAGGCAGACUAUGAACCAGACACUGGAAUGUGGCAAUUUGGCAAUGGAGAGGAGCAUGCAAUAUGGAGUGGAGUUAAGGGUCAUUAGGGCAUUCAAAUAUCAAGGUAGCAUUAGUGGAAAAGUUUAUGUUUAUGAUGGCUUGUAUAGAGUAACCGAUACUUGGUUUGAUAUGGGGAAAUCAGGGUUUGGGGUUUAUAAAUUCAAGGUUGUCAGGAUUGAAAAUCAGAAGGAAAUGGGAAGUGCAGUGAUAAAGUUGGCAAAGAGUCUUAGGGUUUUUCCAUCGGAGGCUCCGCCUAAAGGUUAUGUUACACUUGAUUUGUCGAAGAAAGAGGAGAAUGUGCCGGUCCUUCUAUUUAAUGAGAUUGAUGGUGUUCAUGAACCUCUUUAUUACAAAUAUCUUAAAACAACUGUUUUCCCUCGCAAUGUGUAUGAACAUGGGAAUGGGAACGGAUGUGAAUGCAUGGGAGGGUGUUCAUGGGAUUGCUCCUGCAUAGAGAAAAAUGGAGGCGAGUUUGCAUAUGACAUGAAUGGGAUUCUUGUUAUAGGAAAACCGUUGAUUAUUGAGUGUGGGCCAAAUUGUCUUUGCCCUCCUACUUGUCGGAAUCGGGUGAGUCAAAUGGGGGUUAAGAAACGAUUUGAAGUGUUUAGGUCAAGGGAGACUGGUUGGGGAGUGAGGUCUUUGGACUUGAUCCGUGCAGGCUCUUUUAUUUGUGAGUUCGCGGGGAUUGUUCUCACACGAGAACAAACUCAGAUCGUUACCAUGAAUGGCGAUUGUUUGAUUCACCCAAGUCGUUUUUCUAAGAGGUGGGAGGAAUGGGGGGAUUUAUCAAAAAUAUUCCCUGACUAUGUUCGCCCGGCAUAUCCAUCGAUCCCUCCUUUGGAUUUUGCCAUGGAUGUUUCUGUAAUGAGGAAUUUAGCAUGUUACAUGAGCCAUAGUUCAAUUCCAAAUGUUUUUGUGCAGCUUGUGUUGUAUGAUCACAAUAAUGUAUCGUUCCCUCACCUUAUGUUGUUUGCUCUAGAGAAUAUCCCGCCUAUGAGGGAGCUUAGUCUUGAUUACGGGGUGGCUGAUCUUCAGUUUUGA